AAAACGAAAGUAAAAAAAAGGGUAAUAUUAAUUGGAAAUACCCUUGAAAUACCUUAAACAUGCGCACUGCAACAAAAGGAGGAAUGUUCGACAAUUGUCUGGUCCUGAAAAACGUGUUAAAAUUGCCAUUUUUUCGAAAAAGAUCAGUAUUCAUGAUCAUUGCAUGUUGGUUAAAAGCAGUACAACCACGAUCUGAAAAAUCUUCCAGACCCACUAUGCCACCAGUUAUGCCAUAUAUAAUGACAAGAAGUACGGUAGAGGAAUCAGAUGCAUCCUUACGGUCGAGGGUAUCGGCGCCAGUUGUAAUUUUCGUCUUAGCCAUUUUUGUUUGCAUUGGAUAUAAGAAAUACAAGAAAAGUUACAGAGAAAAAAGCACAGAAACAGUUAAGAUUUUGGUUCAGGAAGACGAAAAUCGAACAAAACCAGACUACAUUUCCACUUUAAAGUCUUUUAUUAUAAGGGAAUUGCAUCUACAAGUUGAAUUUGUCACUAAAGUACGGCCUGCUAGAAAAUACUUGUUGCCCUGCAAACUCAAAAACAGACUUCCCGAAGAAAUCAAACGUAAGCUGAAGGAUAUGGAUUUUACAGGAAAAUACCCUCCAGAUAAUGUUUUCAUUGUCAUCAUGCAUGAAUGUGCGAAAGGAAGGGAAUUAGCAUACGCAAGAGAUCUGGAAAAUUCUCGCCUUUAUUCUGAGUUCAAUUGGAUUACUCCCGUCUUUUAUGAAGGAUGUCUUACUUCUAAUUCAAGCCUCAAUGAAAAAGCAAAAGAAGAAAUCCAGUCAUUUCUUUUAUUUCAGCAUUGUAAAUAAUUUUUUUAGAGUUCAAAAAGCAAAGUUCUCUAUUGAGUCUUGAUAACAUUAUUUGU